AAUGUGUAUAAAGAAACAGUCGCAUUUAGUUAAGUUAAAAUAAUAAAAACCUGUCGCUGCUAGAUCUAUAUUAUGCAGUAGACCUAUAAAAUAUAAGCUGUGGUACCAAUAUAAAUUUGUAGGUGGAUUUGUGAACUGAGUGACAUCUCAGGAGAUAUGGACAAGUUUAGUCAACCUGUUCUUGUAGAUCCAGAGGCUGUUAGUGAAGCUGGCAUAGAGUGCCAUGUAAUUGUCCUUGGGAGUAGUCCUGUGUUGAAACGUGUAUUUGAAGAUUUAUCCGCUUACACAUUUAAAGAGAUGCACUUAGAUCCACAUUUAGACCCUGCAGACUAUGAUGUGGUGAUCAGAUAUGAAAAUGGCUCACAAGAUGUGAUGGAUGAGGAAGAAGAGUUUGGUGCUAACAGACUAACUAAAUGUCAAAGUGUUUGCAUCACUGAGAGAGGAUCUCAGCAGACACAUGGUCCACAAAACACAAACUUGGGAAUCAACUUUAAUAAUAACUAAUUAAACAUAUAACUUGUUCAUUUUCUUGAAUUUCCUUUGAUCAUUGUAGUAAAGUAAAGAAGUCAAUAAAUAAUAUUUUCUUUAAA